GAGCACUGGCAGUAGUAUCGCAGCACAAGCAAAACCAAAACGGAAAAGCCAAAGUUAUGUGAAAAAUUGUUUAUAUGUGUAAUAUCGCCCCACACAGCCCGUUAGUCAAUUAAAUAGUUCGGCUCCAAGUUGAUUUUUUUCUGUAAUUCGCACACACAAAUAUUGUAUGUAUAUAUAUUUUGUUAAUUUUUUUUGGCAAUUAUCAAAUUGAGUGCGACUGCGGCGAUGUCGUCCGUCCGUCGUCGGUUGAAAUGAAAGCGUAAGCGUGCAAAAUUGCUGUUCCAAGGAACGUUCGGUGAAUGAAAAAGGAAAUAAAAUAGAAACGAUCGGAGGAAAUAUAUCAAAAGCAAAUAAGUGUCGAGUAAAUAUCAUCGGCAGUAAACAUAUUAAUUUAAUUAACAAUAUGUCAAAAGUGUUGAGUCCGCACAAACAGACGGCAGACGCGCGUGUUGUGAGUGCAACGGGCAGCGGCGGCAGUGGUGGCGGUGGCGGCGGCGGCAGCAGCAGCAUAGGCGAUACUUCGUCCGGCAGUAAGCGGACGUUCAUCGAUUUGGACGCCCUGGACUAUACCAGCGGUAGCUCGAUCAUUGAGUUCCUGGCCAAGGAGCAGGACUGUGCUAUCGAGGCCGAUCCGGAGAGCAUAUUUCAGGAAGUGAGUCGCCUCACCGACAGCACAGAUAUGCGCUCCGUGGACGAACUCCUGCUGGAGGCAGAGCGUCUAAUACAGCAGCAGCUCCGUCUGGGUAGCCUGACAGCCGACACCAACGGCAAUGGCAACAUUGACAGCGGCAACAGCAGUGGCGCCGGCGGCGAUGGCGAGAAUGUGGCCAAUGCUGUGGACAAGGAUAAGCUGUGUAUGCAGUCCUCGCCACAGCAUCACGGCAGCAUUAAGCUGAACUCGCGCUACACGCGCCGCAUCGAGCACGUCAUCCAGGCACCCCAAUUCUGCCACCCCAGUGCCAAGACCAACAACAAAGCUCAGACGCCCAGCGAGCUGCUCAACUCCAGUCUGUCAAGCAAUGCCAGCAGCAGCAACUGUGGCUUUGCGGCCUUUGUAGAAAAUCUGCCCUCGGAGUCUGUCAUUUCAGAGGAAUCCACGCCCAAGGACAUGCACAAUUUCACGGCCAAUUUGGAUAGCCAGCACACAGCCACCCAUUUGUUGGACAAUACGGAUAACGAUGAGGAUACGAUGGAAGAAAUAACGGAGGCGGAGGUUAUUGAAACGCUGGACAUGGCCGACUGCAUAGGAGUGGCGUCCGCGGUGGAUCGCGCUGCCAGGCAUGGGCAGCAUCCUCCCAAGCCGGAGGCAGCUAUGUUGCACAAAAAGCAGCAGCAGCAGCAACAACAACAAAUGCCACCAUUGGACUUGCCACGACGCAGCAGCGACAGUGCGCGGACGGCGAAAGCGAUAAAGUCGCAGAUGGCAACAACGACGACCUCCACAGCGACAGCGACAGCGACGGUGACAUCUAAAACAACAACAACAACAACAAUGCCGCUGCACUCAAGCCCGGCACGCCGUAAGCAGCAACAGCAGCAUUAUCGUCGCAACUCCAGCGCCUGUGUUGUUGCCACAGAGCGACGUGCAACCGAGUUGCCAGAAAUGUCAAUGCCAGCCGUUUCCCAAAAAACAGAGACGAGCACCAACAACAACAACAACAGUAAUAAUAAUAAUAAUAAUAAUAGCAGCAGCAGUUCGUGCCUGGCCAGCCAGUCAGCGCCCAUCAAACCCAUGGCCAUGUACAGAGAGCAAGCUGUUGGCAGUUCGCCGAAACAUAUGGUCUCCACCUUAAGUUCACCCAUCGAGCACAUUGCCUCGUCCAUCACGCGUGAGCAUGUGCUGAAGCACGACAUCGAGAAGCUGCAGGAGUUGCUGAAGGAUACAGAGGAGCGUCUGGAAUCGGUGCGGGUGCAGAACGAUUCGUUAUCGCAAAUGCAACGCACACUGCGCGAUCACAAUGCCCGGCUCCAGGAGCAGUCCGAGAUGCUUAAGCUCGAUGUCCAGCAUUUGAACGAGUGUGCCAAUGUGCUGCGCUCAGAGCUGCAGGCAGCGCGCAAGGAUCGCAGCGAUGCGUUGGAGCUUCAGAAGUCGCUGCGCGCCGAUCUAGAGGAGGCGCAAACGGAACGCAGGCGCGCCCACGAGCACAAGGAGAAGGAUGCGCGCGUCAUACAGGAUCUGCAGCGGCAGUGUCGCGAAAUGGAGCGCAUACUCAUGCGCAAACAUCCCGAUUCGGUCUCGGCCUUAAUUGUGGCCUCAAAGAAUCCUGGCAUAUGCGCUCUCAACGAUCAGGAGAAUGUUAAUAGUCGAAAGCUGCUGGAGCAGCGUAUUGCGCAACUAGAAUCAGAUGCCAAGGAACAGGAUCGAAAGGCGCAACAAAUACUCGCCAAUGUGCAGGCGCGUUUCAAUUCCGUGCAGUCCAAAUAUGAGACGCACAUUGCCGAUCUGGAGACACAGGUGCUAAGCCUUCAACAAAUCAAUGCCAAGCUGAACGAGCAAAUCGAGUCGCAGGUGCGCACCUUGGAUCGGUAUAUGCAGAAGCGUGCCGAUAAGUAUUACAACAACUGCACGCAGACGGAGAAUGAGUCGAGUGAGUCGUUCGCCCAGCUGGUGAACAGCUGCAGCACGCCGCCGCCCCCCCAGCCUCACACCUCAACGCAGGGCACACAGACUGCGGGCACCGGUGCCGGCAGCAGCGCGAUUGCCACGCGCGACUACAGCACCAACACGAUUGGCUGUCCCUCACCCCUCGGUCAGCAGCAAUCUCAGUCCCAGUCCCAGUCCCACUUACAGUUACAGCAGCAGCAACAGCUCCCGCAAUCACAAUCGGCCAAUUCAAGCACCAGCAGUACCGCCAAUUCAACGCCCAAUACCUCGCGUCCAAACUCAAAGCAGAGCGGCGGACUGAGACGUGCGGGCGGCGCCGUCGCCUUAGCGUCCGGCAACUCACUGCAUGUCUCCAAGCUGCCCGUUUCGCAAUCGGAGUCGACACUCUCGCUGCUCGCCUACGGCAAUGGGGCAGUCGGAGUCGGCUCCAAGGAGGAGUCACAGCUGCUGAGCUCCGUGCGAGGCAUGCGCGUCGACUUGGCCAUCAAGAAUAAGGCUAUGCAGCGACUAACCCGGGAGUUGGAUGAGUGCAAGAAGACGAUAAGGAAACUGCAGCGGGAUCGCGAAAGCAGCUGCAGUGGUGCCAAAUUGGAUGCGAAGGGUCAUGGGGGCAGCAGCGGCGCUGCCAGCAGUGGUGCGAGACGGAAUCACGAUCAUGACCAUAUACCGGCAACGACGGAGAGUCAGGCGCUGAAGGAGGCGCAGAACAAAUAUCGCCUGCUCGAGGCUGACUACAGGACGUUGCACGACAAGCGGCUGCAUGAUCUGAAGACUCUGCAGAGCGCCCACGAGCGCGAGUUGGCGUCUUGCAACGAGACGGUGCGGAUCCUGCAGCAGCGUCUGAAUGAACGCGAGGAGGCAUUUGCCACACAGAAGCGACGCAAGGUGCCGGUGGAUUACUAUGCGCUAAAGGCGAAGGUAUCAUUACUGGAAAGACGGCAUUCGGAACGCGAGGAACGCUUACAUAUGCUCGUGGAGGCGCUCAGCAAAGGCAGACUAAAUGGAGCUUUGGAUGAUUUGCUGCAGGAGAACAACAACAAGUAGCCGUGAAUUUAGAUCUCAUAAUACCAAUUACCAAUUACCAAACAAUACGAUACAAUAUGAUUAACAACUUAUAUAUUUAUUUGUGACUGAACAUUGUAAUGAGACUCUUAAGUAUGUGGUAGUGUAGUUUUGAAGACCCUAACCUAAUGAUAACAAAUUGUUUGUUAUGUGUUCGCAUUUUAUUGAUUAAUCGAAUAGCGUUAUGUUAUAAAUUGGUUUUUUACAUCUAUAUAUACAUAUAUAGACAUACCUAUAUAUACAUACAUUAAUAUACAUAUAUUUAUAUAGAUAUAUAUAAAUCUAUGCCAUGUUCAAUUUGUGAAACAAGUCGUCUGCAAAUAUUCAACAGAAUUACGUCCGCGAUUAGCGUCCGCGAUAAAUGCCCCAUGACACUAGACUAAAAACCAAAAUUAAAGCUUGGCUUAAAAGUUCACAUUUUUGAGGCUCAUAAAAAGCAGAAGAGAAGCUGGCACGUCCCAUGUUAUGAGUAUUUUUAAAGCCAAAACAUACAUAGGUCUGUAUAUCGGUUGGAUCGUUCAACCUAGUGUUCGUCUGUAUGAACGUUGAAACCUUCUGAACCAGAACAGCUAGGCAUACUAAACGUGGCACGUAGACUUGUCGUAACACCAUGCAGAUUAAGUUUAUCAGAGACCUUAUAUAGCUGUAUAGUUUAAAUAGUUGUAAUAGAACCAAUCCGAGGAAA